GUUAACCUUUUUAAAAGCCAGCUGUGUCUGAAGUGUCGACUGUUUUACUCACAACCCUAGGACAAAUCUACCUUUCGCUUUUGUAAUUUGCUUUCCUGACGUUUCAAAGACAUGGAUCAUAUAAAACAGGGAUGGUUUAGUGAGCUGAGUACGUUGUGGCCGGGUCAGGCGAUGUCUCUUGAGGUGGACGAGGUGUUAUUUCAUGAAAAAUCCAAGUACCAAGAUGUUCUGGUUUUCAAAGGCAAAACAUAUGGCAUCGUUCUAGUGUUGGAUGGGGUUAUACAGUGUACUUCCAGAGAUGAGUUUUCCUAUCAAGAAAUGAUCACACAUUUGCCUCUUAACUGUCACCCUAACCCCAAAAAGGUACUCGUGAUAGGGGGCGGGGAUGGGGGUGUCGUCCGAGAGGUUGUCAAACACCCCAGUGUGGAGAGUGUGACUAUGUGUGAAAUUGAUGAGAAAGUGGUUGAAGUGUCCAAAAAGUUCCUGCCUCAUAUGGCUUGUGGGUUUGAGAGCCCCAAACUGGACCUCUAUAUCGGGGACGGGUUUGAGUUUAUGGGCAAACAUAAGGGAGAGUUUGAUGUGAUUAUCACAGAUUCCUCUGACCCUGUGGGCCCUGCUUGUUCACUGUUUGAGAAGUCUUAUUACCAACUGAUGAAAGGAGCUCUUAAACCAGGGGGCAUCGUCUGCACACAGGGCGAAUGUCUAUGGCUGCAUAUGGACUUGAUAAAAAAGAUGCAAGAUUUUUGUAAAAGUGUGUAUCCGACGGUUGAUUAUGCUUACACAACAAUACCAACAUAUCCCAGUGGACAGAUCGGCUUUGUUCUGUGUAGUAACAGUCCUGACAUUUCCUUUAAGGAGCCAUUAAGGAAAUUUUCUGAGGCUGAAAUAAAGCAGCUAGGUUUACGAUACUACAACGUAGAAAUUCACAAGGCAGCCUUUGUUCUACCACAGUUUGCAAAAGAGGCUUUGUCAUCAAGCAACUAGGGAAUUUCAAGGUGAUGAUUUAUAUCUUAAGGAGCCAGAAAUACCUAACUAUCAGGGAAGGAAAAUCUGUGUAUGUCUGAGCUUUCCCCACAACUCUUCAUCUGAAUGACUUCACGCUGGAUCUGUGUAAUGCUGAGGAUCCAGUCAAGUGCAGUUUUGCGAAUAAGAAACAGUUAUGUAUGCAAAUUUAAAAGGCAUCAGGAUCAGAAUCAGGAAAAAUGGGCAAGUUAGUCAUGGAUGAAAGGUGCUUGCCUGCAGUUCAUUCAGGCACCUAAGGUAUAGGUGCCAACCUUACCACGGACAGGAAAUUUGCACAUUCCCUCGCUCCCUCAGUGCUUGUGGGGCCUUGGUGACAAUAAGUUUAUUUAUUUAUUUAUUUGAUUUAUGCUUUACGCCAUACUCAAGAAUAUUUCACUUAUGUGACGGCGGCCUGCAUUAUGGUAGGA